CUCCACGCCGAAUGCAUUGAUCGUGCCAAAUUCAAAUAAACUUACAACAUAUGAGUGCCGUACCAGUUUUCUCGUGGCAAAAUAGAACUUAUAUCAAAGAAGACUUGCCCGCCUUGCGAUAACGGCCAGCGCCAUUUUGCGGGGGCUGUGGGUCGAGGUCAUAUCUGCGGGAGAAGCUUUCCUUCGCGAACUUUUUGCACAGAAAAUACACCCAACACCUGCAGGGAACACAGUAGGGCUUGAUAUUUGCGAGCUCAGCCAUUUGAUUUGCUGAGCUGCCGCAUGGACUAUUAGACUAUCAACGGCACAAUGCAAUCACUCGGGCGUCCGCUGCUGCGGCAGGUCGCCAGUUACUCCGUCACUCAGAAGCUCAGCACGCGAGCAUGUAGUACUCUGCUUGUCCCCAGCCAGCGGUCAGUCUCGUCGCCGAAGAGACAGCGCCGCCAUGUCACUCGAGGCUUCGCGAGCUCACGCUACGAUGAUGGAUCAGCCCGAAGUGCGGUUAUCAACGUGCUCAAUAACAUCGGCAGCAAGCGUGAGGUUCAGCAAUACCUGGCGCAAUUCACCUCGGUCUCCUCACAGCAGUUUGCCGUGAUUAAAGUGGGAGGUGCGAUCCUGACAGACUACCUCGACGUUCUAUGCGCCAGUCUGCGCAACCUCAACCAAAUGGGCCUGUUCCCAGUAAUCAUUCACGGAGCAGGACCACAACUCAAUAAACUGCUUGAAGAGGCAGGAGUUGAGCCCGCGUACCAAGAAGGCAUUCGAAUCACCGACGGAAAGACGCUUGGUGUGGCGCGGAAGCUUUUCCUCGAGGAGAACCUGAAGUUGGCAGAGGCACUCGAAUCGUGGGGUGUGAGGGCACGGCCCAUAACAUCAGGUGUGCUGAUGGCGGAUUACAAAGACAAGGAGAUCUACCAGCUUGUUGGAGAAGUCAACCAGGUCAAUGUCGCUCCGAUUAAAGCCGCAAUUGCGGACGGCUACAUCCCUGUCCUUACGUGCAUGGCGGAGAGCGAGGACGGUCAAGUUCUGAACGUCAAUGCGGAUAAAGCUGCUGCAGAGCUCGCGCGCGCACUGGUCCCAUUGAAGAUUGUGUACUUGUCGGAGAAGGGCGGUAUUCACGACAAGGAGACCGGCAAGCUCGUCGAGGCAAUCAACCUUGACGAAGAGUACGACGAAUACAUGAAGAAACCUUGGGUUAUACACGGUACGCGGAGUAAGAUACGGGACAUCAAGACGUUGCUGGACGACUUACCGCGCAGCUCUUCAGUUGCCAUCAUACAUCCGGAGAGCCUUGAGAGAGAGCUCUUCACACAUUCAGGCGCAGGCACUCUUAUCAGACGCGGCACCAAGUUACGGCAGGCCGAAUCGUUGUCCGAAUUGGACGCUGAGAGAUUGUCAAUGCUAAAGAAGACGCUCGUGCGUGAUCGCGAGGGCCUGGAUGCCGGUGCUGUCGUGGAAAGGUAUCUUGAAACAUUGAAAGACCGUCCGUUCCGAGCGUACUACGACGAGAACAUGGAGGCUCUAGCUAUUGUCCUGCCACCAAGUUCCGGAUCUUCAAGCGCGCUUGCUCACCUUGCGACGCUGACGAUGUCGCGCUCGGCCUGGCUCUCAAACAUUGCCGACAACGUCUUCCAGAAUCUCAAGCGGGACUUCCCGAAGCUAGCGUGGACCGUGAAGCAAGACGACGAGAACUUGACGUGGUUUUCAGAGAAGGCUGAUGGCUCCAUUGCACGACGUGGCGAGGUGCUGUUCUGGUAUGGCAUCGAGUCGCCGGAAGAGGUGCGCGAGCUCAUGUCCGAGUUCGUACAACACGGCCGACAGAUGUUCGGCGAUAUCAACCUUGAAUCGCAACUACACAGGGCCGCCGCUGCGGCAGAGCGGAUACGGGCGGGUGCCGAACGAUUGAUGGGCAACAGACCAGGCGCUCAGCCAAUGCAAGCAAGAGCCUUCUCCACAAGCGCACGAAGACCGAUCAUACCCUCUAAAGCCGACGCCACGCCGCGGCGAGGCUACGCCACUACCAACCCCAACCCACCCCUUGGCAUCAAGAACAGCGAGAAGGAAUACCCGUCCAAGAUCGCUCUGAUCGGUGCGCGCGGCUACACCGGCCAAGCAUUAAUCGACCUCCUCAACCGCCACCCGAACAUGGAUCUCUGCCACGUCUCCUCUCGUGAGCUCGCUGGCAAGAGGCUCAAGGGCUACGAGAAGAAAGAGAUCAUUUACGAGAACCUCUCUCCUGAUGACGUCCGACGGAUGGCGGAAAAGCAGGAGAUUGACUGCUGGGUGAUGGCCCUGCCUAAUGGCGUCUGCAAACCGUACGUCGACGCCGUUGACGAGAGCGGGCACAAGGAAGCUCUCGUCAUUGACUUGUCCGCUGAUUACCGCUUCACACCGUCCUGGACAUAUGGCCUCCCGGAGCUUGUACAGAGGAGCAAGAUCGCAUCAUCCACCCGCGUCUCGAACCCAGGGUGCUACGCCACCGCCGCACAACUCGGUAUUGCCCCUCUACUCCCGCACCUCGCACCCUCGCCGGCACAUCCGACCGUCUUCGGCGUCUCUGGCUACUCCGGCGCCGGCACGAAGCCAUCUCCGAAGAACAACGUUCAGAAUCUUACCGACAAUCUAAUCCCCUACUCAUUAACCGACCACAUCCACGAACGCGAAAUCAGCGCUCAACUCGGUACCGAAGUAGCCUUCAUUCCUCACGUUGCCGUGUGGUUUGCGGGCAUUCACCAUACCAUCUCACUCCCCUUAGCGCAUGAGAUGACGUCGCGGGAUGUGCGCAACCUGUACCAAGACCGAUAUCACGGGGAGAAGCUCGUUACUGUAAGGGGUGAAUCUCCGCUGGUCAAAUCGAUUGCGGGUAAGCAUGGGGUUGAGAUUGGUGGGUUUGCGGUGCAUUCGGGUGGCAAGAGGGUCGUGAUUAACGUGACGAUUGAUAACCUGUUGAAGGGUGCCGCGACGCAGUGUCUGCAGAAUAUGAACCUUGCGUUGGGGUAUGCGGAGUACGAGGGCAUACCGGUGGAGUGAGAGGGUCGGAAUGGAACCGGAAUACUUCGUUACGGUGUGGUUUCCGCAGGAUACCAGAAGAGCCGAGUCGCGAGGAAGAUGCAAAGGUAUGUACGCUGGCGACAGCGUGGCUUUGUGGUCAGCAGCCUCUGCUUGUGAAAAUCUAAAGGCCACGACCGGGAGGUAGCGUCAUCCUGGCGCAGGUUGCAGCGAGGCGUUACCGAGUGUACAAACGGAAAAGCUUUUUCAUGGAUGCUGAAUCAUGCUAGUACACGCGAUAGAUAGUACAGGGCGUCAAAGGCUAUCGUACAUCGUCUACAGAUGAUCUCUUUACUGUUACCGUACUGU